AAAAUUUUGCUUUGAAAUAAAAUAACAUAAAGAAGCAAAUGGAUUUGCACCAUGUUAAUUUAAAACAAUCAGAAUUCUACGAUUAAUACUCUACAUAUAGUCCUUUUCCGAUCACGUCGCCAUUGUGCGGACACGUCGUAAAUAACUUCAAUCAAAAUGGCGCGGCCUUUAUUAUCUGUCUACAAUGAGAAGGGUGAGAGAGCAGGCACCAAUGUGUCCCUGCCAGCAGUGUUCAGGGCUCCCAUCAGGCCUGACAUUGUCAGCUUUGUUCACUUUGAAAUGAAGAAAAACAGCAGACAGCCGUAUGCUGUCAGUGUUAAAGCUGGUCACCAGACGUCUGCUGAGUCCUGGGGUACUGGCAGAGCUGUUGCUCGUAUUCCUCGAGUCCGUGGUGGUGGUACCCACAGGUCUGGCCAGGGUGCCUUUGGCAACAUGUGCCGUGGCGGAAGAAUGUUUGCUCCGACCAAAACCUGGCGUAGGUGGCACAGAAGAAUCAAUGUGAACCAGAGGAGAUAUGCCCUUUGCUCUGCCCUGGCAGCAUCAGCUGUCCCAGCCCUGGUGAUGUCCAAGGGUCACAAGAUUGAGGAGAUACCAGAGGUUCCCCUUGUUGUGACCGACAAAAUAGAGGAAUACAAGAAGACAAAAGAGGCUGUGCAGCUCCUGAAACGUCUCAAGGCCUGGCAGGACAUAAUGAAGGUUUACAAAUCUCGACGAUUCCGAGCUGGCAAAGGGAAAAUGAGGAACAGGCGUAGGAUUCAAAGACGUGGACCUCUUAUUGUUUAUAAUCAAGAUAAUGGUUUAACAAGAGCUUUUAGAAAUAUUCCAGGAGUCACUUUACUUAACGUGGCCCGAUUAAACCUGGUCAAGGUUGCUCCUGGUGGCCACGUUGGGCGUUUCUGUAUCUGGACACAGUCGGCCAUUAAUAAGCUUGACAGUAUCUAUGGUACAUGGAAAGCGCCUUCACAACAAAAAAAUAAUUACAAUCUUCCUUCUACUAAAAUGACCAACACAGAUUUAAGCCGUUUACUGAAGAGUGACGAGAUACAGGCUGCACUCCGAGCACCCAAGAAGGAGAACAAGCGUCGUAUCCUGAAGAAGAAUCCUCUGAAGAACCUGCGAGUGAUGGGCCGCCUCAACCCGUAUGACAAGGUGGUCCGCAAGGCUGCCAAGGAGAUUGAGGCCAGACAGAAACGUGCACGCUCUGGGGCUGUGGAUGCCAAGAGGCCUGCAGCGGCCAAGGCCACCAAGCCUGCAGCUAAAGGGGCCAAGCCGGCAACCAAGGCUCCUGCCAAGGGCAAGAAGUAAACUGCCUGUUCAACACACAUCAGAUGUACAGCCUUUACAAAGUUGACCAUAUUUAUUCUAAAUGACAUUUCUCUGGAAUUGUGCUAUGAACAAGUCAAACUAUGACAUCAAGAGAUAAACAGUAUAGAUGUGAUAUUUGAAUGUAUUGCUGUCAUUUGGUUUGUGAGGCAUCAGCAGACUAAUAAACUGCCCAGGAGUA